UCAUGUUCGUGAUGCCUGCACUGCAAGUAGCGCAUUUUCAGUGACCUCAUGCCCCUGUCUACUUCUAUGAGUUCCAACACCGACCUAACUUCCAUAAGGACAUCAAGCCACCCUGUGUGAAGGCUGACCAUGGCGAUGAGAUUCCCUUUCUCUUCAGAUCCUUUCUUGGGACCCAAGUUGAUCUCACUGAGGAGGAGGAGCUGCUGAGCAGAACAAUGAUGAAGUACUGGGCCAAUUUUGCCCGGAAUGGGUCCAAACUCCACCUCAGAUGAAGCUUGAUCCUUAGCAAAUCUACCACAGACACAAGCCAGCAAGCAAACCAUGUGGAUGGACCGAUAUUCUUCAUGGUUGAGCACCGUGACCUGUGGUCUUCUGCUUCCCCUCCUCUUGGUCCGAGGCCAGGACCGAGCCAGCCCCAUCAGAACCACACACACCGGGCAGGUGCGGGGCAGCCUUGUCCAUGUGAAUGACACCAAUGUGGGAGUGCACACCUUCCUGGGCAUUCCCUUUGCCAAGCCACCUGUAGGACCACUGCGGUUUGCCCCUCCUGAGCCCCCUGAACCAUGGAGUGGUGUGAGGGAUGCCACCUCCUACCCAGCCAUGUGCUUGCAAAAUGCUGACACAAUGAGAGAACUGGCUGUGACCUUGUUGAAUCUGACCUUGCCUCACACUCCCGUAUCCGAGGACUGCCUGUACCUCAACAUCUACUCACCUGCCCAUGCGCAUGAGGGCUCUAACCUGCCUGUGAUGGUGUGGAUCCAUAGUGGUGCACUUGUGAUGGGCAUGGCUUCCUUGUAUGAUGGAUCCAGGCUGGCAGCCACCGAGGAUGUGGUGGUGGUCACUAUCCAGUACCGCCUGGGAGUCCUGGGCUUCUUCAGCACUGGAGACCAGCAUGCCACUGGCAACUGGGGCUACCUGGACCAAGUGGCCGCCCUACGCUGGGUCCAACAGAAUAUCGCCCACUUUGGAGGCAACCCCAACCGUGUCACCAUUUUUGGCCAGUCUGCAGGUGGCAUUAGCGUGUCCUCACAUGUCGUGUCCCCCAUGUCCCAAGGACUCUUCCAUGGUGCCAUCAUGGAGAGUGGGGUGGCCUUUUCUCCUUUCUUCAUCUCCAGUUCCUCUGAUGUGGUCUCCUCAAUGGUGGCCAACCUGUCUGCCUGUGAGCAGGUGGACUCAGAGGCCCUGGUGCGCUGCCUGCGGGCCAAGAGUGAAGAGGAAAUGCUGGCUAUUACCAAGGCAUUCAAGAUGAUCCCUGGUGUGGUCGAUGGGACCUUCCUACCCAGGCACCCCAAGGAGCUGCUGGCCUCUGCUCACUUUCAACGUGUCCCCAUCAUCAUUGGUGUCAACACUGAUGAGUUUGGCUGGGUUCUCCACAGAGACAUGAGCACCUCAAAAGAAAUAGACAGAAAGACAAUUCAGGCUAUUCUACAAAACACAUUGGAAAUCAUGAUGUGGCCUGCUGAGUAUGGUGAACUGCUGGAGGAAGAGUACUUAAUAAACACUGAAGACCCCAAAAUCAUCCAAACUCGGUUCUGGGAGUUGAUGGGAGAUAUCAUCUUCGUGAUACCUGCGCUCCAAGCAGCGAGUUUUCAGUGUUCCCAUGCCCCUGUUUAUUUCUACGAGUUCCAGCACAAGCCCCACUUCCUCAAGAACAUCAAGCCACCUCAAGUGAAGGCAGACCAUGGUGAUGAGGUUCCCUUCAUCUUUGGAAGCAUCUUUAGUGGCAGGAAGGUUAACUUCACUGAAGAAGAGAAACUUCUGAGCAGGAGGAUGAUGAAGUACUGGGCCAACUUUGCUCGAAAUGGGAACCCCAACAGCGAGGACCUGAUACAUUGGCCCCUGUUUGAUGAGAACAAGCAGUACCUACAGCUGGACAUCCAUCCUGCCGUAGGCCAGGCCCUGAAGGCCUCCAGGCUGAAGUUCUGGACCAAGAUCCAGGAGCUGGAAGAGGCUGAGAAGAAGCACACAGAGCUGUAGGGAGGGAUAACUGGGAGAGGUGGGCUUGAAGGCAGGUGCAAUCAAUAGGAGGGGCUCACACACCUACCAAGGAGCAAUAGUUAACUCGACCGUUUGCUGAACCACUUGUCCCUUCUUCAUUUGUCCACUUAGCCAACAUGCAUAAAGAACCCCCUGCAUAAUGCUUGUUC